AUGAAGAUAUUUGUGACCGUUCUUGUGGCCGCUUUGGCCUUGGCCCGUGCCGACAUCAGCCUCACGCAGCAGGGCUACAACUAUCGUCAGCAGCAGCCAACUGUCGUGGCGCAUUUGCUAAAUCAGCAGCUGCAGCAGCAGCAGCAGCAGCAACAGUCGUCAUCAUCGCACCCCGUGCUGCCACCUCUGUCCGUGCCAUUGCCCUAUUUGCCACCUGUGGGCCACUACCAACCGCAGUUGCAUACCACACAGGCACAGCGCCUGGCUGGUCCCUUACCCAUGCCCGUCGGCUUCCCGGUCAACUUCCAGACUGCGCCGCUGCAACAGCAUCGUCGAUCGCGUCCACGCGCCCGUAUUCCCAAGAAGCCAAUUGUCACCAAGAACUUCUUCAUACACACGGCGCCCGAGGAGUCCGACGAUGAGAUUCAGGAUGAGCUGCAGCAGCUGAACCAACAGCCACGCAAUCACUACAAUGUGCUCUUUGUGAAGACGCCCGCCCAGACGAAUCGCGCUGCUGCCUUGAAUCUGGCCAAGAGCCUGAAGCAGGAGAAGACGGUGGUCUAUGUGCUGGCCAAGAAGACGACAGCCUCUGACCUGCAGGAUGCCAUUGCCGACGCACCGCAGCACAUCAACAAGCCGGAGGUCUUCUUCAUCAAGUACCGCACUCCCGAGGAAGCGCUCAAUGCCCAGCGCCAGAUUCAGACCCAAUACGAUGCUCUGGGUGGCAGCUCCACCAUCACUGAUGAAGGUUUGGCGCCCAUUACCUCCGUCGUCGGUUCUCUGGAUCCGCCAGAGGAGGAAGAAGAGGAGCAGCAACAGCAGCAGCAGCAGCAGCAGCAGCAGCAACAGCAACAACAGGUCAUCGAAACUGGCAGCGCCAACCUUAGUGGACCGAUCAACAAUCAGUAUUUGCCCUCGAACCAGUUCUAAAGUAUCUUCAUUGCU